AUGGAUACCCAGUCGUCUGGUACUCUUCAGUCACCUUCCAUUUUUUCCGAAAGUUCGAAGACUGGCAGCAGUCGAUCCGGAGUAGCAGAUAUUAACGAGAAGGAGAUAGAUCUUACAAAAGAUAAUUCUGCUUCUCCCAUCGAUCUAGAAUGUCAUAUUCAAACGGAACGCAUCACGAAGAUUUUGGACGAAGCGAUAUACAAAAUAAAGAUGUCUCUUUGCUUACCCCAUUUCGUCCAAGAAUACAAGACGUUGAGUUCUGUUCUGUCCGAUCAGCACAUGGACGAUCUGAUUUUCAUAUUCGAGCAAUAUGAUGAUAACCCAUUGUUUUCGGACAGUCUCAUGAAUGUUACUGUCAUGGAAGAUUUAAAAGCGGGUGAUGUGUCAUUAAAAAAUCGUUUGAAUCCGGAAUUAGGGCAUCUAAUCUACAUAAUGAACAGCUAUCCUGCUUUAGCACCUAAAGUCGAGGAAAUGAUCGAGGAGAUGAAGGCAUCUUGCGUUGGCGAUGAGGCAGCGCCGCCUCAGCCGGGUCUGGAAUUUCUUCUUGCGAUGGAACAGUUUAAAGAGUUGAUGGUGCGUCAGAUGGAGACGACGGCUGCUGAGGAAUUGGCCGCUAAAAUCAGCACAAGAAAGUUAGAAGCUUCUAACAAGAAUUUGCUACAUAAAAUAGAAGAAUAUUCAACUAAACUGAAGGAGGAAAGCGAGAGAUUUGAAAAAACGAUGAAACUCAAAACUGAAAUCAUUACUAAGCUACAAAAAGAACUAGCGAUGCUCAAUCACGAAGCCUCCCUGAAAAUUAAAAAGAAAAUCUUAGAUUCUGAACGUCAGAUGGUGUUGGCCUCACGAGCGCACGCCGUCAAGAACGAUAUGCUCAAAGAAGAAGAAAACGAAUGCAAGGAGUCAUACGAGAACUUGCUCAGGACUCACCUCGCCGAUGAGAAGAAUCAGAGGGCCCGAAGGUUCAAAGUCGAGACGCAGCUGUUGUCCUGGCUUCAGAAAUACGAUCUCGAAAUGGGCGAGAAGCAAAUCGAACUCGAUGAGCUUACGGAGAAGUACGAAGACGAAUUACAGAAAUGUGAAGUUUUGGAGCAAAAACUAGCCGAACAAGACAAAGAGUACAUUCCUCUGAUGGCAGAGAGGGAAGAGGAAUACCACAAGGAGAUGACGGAGAAGAUGAACAAGUUCAUGCUGGAGCACGCGGCCAGGGUCAUUCAGACCGCAUGGAGAGACGUACUGGCUAAUCGAGCCGAAAAGAAGAAGUUAAAAAAGAUACAGAAGAAGAUGCAAGCAGCUGCUGCAGCGGCAAACAAGAAACCACCAAAGAAAUAG